AUGCUUUAUUCAGACGAAUUGGGACUGCCCAAGACUGAUCACACUCUUUGGAGGCUCAGAGUCGAUGAUUUAGGCAGUGAAAAAUGGGAAUAUUUGACAGAAGAAGCUGCGAUGACAGAUGUUCAGUCAUCUUACGCAAAGUAUCUUUUGAAGAACCCAGAAUUUGAAGAACCAGAGCCUUUGGAAAACCCGGAUAAAAGUGCAUUUGAAGCUGCCUUACAAGGCGCUCGCUUUUUUUCAAAAUUGCAAGACCCUGACUCUGGUAUAUUCCCAUGCCAGUAUAAGGGACCGAUGUUUUUAACCGUAGGUUACGUGGGCACUAUGUAUUGUGCACAAAUCCCUAUCCCUGAACCUGUGAGAAUCGAACUAUUGAGAUAUUUGGUCAAUUGUGCGCAUCCCGUAGACGGUGGAUGGGGCCUUCACGAAGUCGACAAAUCCACCGCUUUUGGAACAGCCAUCAAUUAUGUGGUGGUGAGGCUAUUGGGCCUCCCAGCUGACCAUAUAGUAUGCCAAAGGGCCCGGAAAACGCUCCACAGACUGGGUGGCGCGAUUGGUGCCCCCCACUGGGGUAAAUCUUGGCUCUCAAUCUUGAACCUGUACAAAUGGGAAGGCGUCAAUCCUGUGCCACCCGAACUUUGGCUAUUACCGUAUGCACUCCCAAUUCAUCCUGGUAAAUGGUGGGUUCACACCAGAGCUGUUUUUUUGGCUCUCGGAUAUCUUGCCUCAGUGGAGUAUUCAUGUGCAUUGACACCGCUGCUGGAGGAAAUCCGAGAUGAGAUAUACACCCAAAAAUUUGACUCGAUCGAUUUCAGCAAGCACCGCAACACGGUGUGCAACGUAGAUCUGUACUAUCCUCACACAAAGUUUUUGGACGUGGCAAACAACGUCCUUACCUUUUACGGGAAGCACUUGAGGCCAAAUUUCGUUGCGAGAUACAGCAAUCAGAGGGCCUAUGACCUCAUCAAAAUGGAAAUACAGAACACCGAUUAUUUGUGCAUUGCUCCGGUGAACAUGGCUUUAUGUGCAGUUGUCACGCUAGCCGAAGAAGGACGCGAUUCACCCGAAUUUGGUCGUUUCCUAGAAGGCUUCAAAGAAGUCCUGUUCAUGGGACCCAAUGGUAUCACAGUAAUGGGUACAAAUGGAGCACAAACAUGGGACUGUGCAUUUGCAAUUCAGUACUACUUCAUGGCUGGGCUGGCAGAGAGGCCAGAAUUUCAUUCCACUAUCGAAAGUGCCUACAAAUUUCUUUGUAGAUCACAAUUUGAUACAGAAUGUGUCCCAGGAAGCUAUAGAGAUAAACGUAUUGGAGGAUGGCCCUUCUCAACGAAAACCCAGGGAUACACGGUUUCUGAUUGCACUGCCGAGGCGCUCAAGGCUGUCAUCAUGGUUAAGAAUUCCCCUGCGUUUCAAAAUGUGAAAGAUGAGAUAUCAGACGAGAGACUUGCAAAGGCAAUUGAUGUUCUUUUGGGACUGCAAAAUACUGGGUCUUUUGAAUAUGGUUCUUUUGCAACUUACGAAAAGAUAAGAGCCACCACAGCGCUCGAAAAGCUAAACCCCGCCGAGGUGUUCGGCAACAUUAUGGUAGAGUUUCCGUAUGUGGAGUGCACGGACUCUUCCAUCUUAGGCCUCACCUACUUCACAAAGUUCUACACGUACCGCAAGACAGAAAUUGAGAAAGCUAUCGACAUUGCCAUCAAAUACAUUAAAAAAGCACAAGGAGAAGAUGGGAGCUGGUAUGGGUGCUGGGGAAUCUGCUUUACGUAUGCUAGCAUGUUCGCACUAGAGGCUUUCAGCACUGUUGGGGAAAAUUACAACAAUUCUAUCAAUGCUAAGAAAGCAUGCGAUUUUCUAGUUACAAAGCAAAGAGCGGACGGCGGCUGGAGCGAGUCUAUGAAGUCCAGCGAACUGCACUCCUAUGUGGAAGCUGAAAUAUCUUUGGUUGUUCAAACGGCAUGGGCUCUUAUUGGGUUGUUGCUUGCAGAGUUUCCCGAUAAGACAAUAAUUGACAAAGGCAUUGACUUUUUGAAGGAUAAACAGUCGGCAAACGGUGAGUGGUUUUUCCAGGCUCCGGAAGGUGUAUUUAACCAUUCAUGCGCAAUCGAAUACGCCAGCUAUAAAUUUUUGUUUCCAAUAAAGGCGCUGGGUUUAUAUGCCAAGAGAUAUGAGGCAGAAGAUUAG